UUUAGCUAUAUGUCGUUUUUAACCUAUAUUUUCGUGAUAUCGAUAAUCAUUUAAAAGUUUUCUACAUAAUAUAGACAUGCAUACAUGUAUUCUCUUAGCUUAUUUUGAUUAAUAUUCUAUUCGUUCCAUACUGUGAAUACAAUUUUUAAAUAGUUAUUGAUAUCAUGAAAAUAUAGGUUAAGAAAGAUAUAUAGUUAAAAAUUUUACUGUUUGCUACACUGCUGAUCGAGUUAUCAUACACAGACAAUAUGUAUCGAUUAAAUCGCAAAUCAAGUUCGAAAUUGAACGAAUGUGUGAAUGAAGCUUAAUAUUUCAACUUGAAAUGUACUUUGAUUUCUACAAGAUUAAAUCGAGCUGAGUUGGCAUAACAAUGAUGGCGACGAUUGAUAGGCGGCAACAACAAUCGGAAAGAAAAAAGUGGAUUUAUAGAAUAUUAACUGCGGUGUUUCUAUUGCUUGUGUUUUUAAAUUUACCGGCUAUAUGCCAAACACAUGGAUACGAUGAAUCACCCAGUUUUAAAUAUUCGAAAGAAGCCAAUGAAGAAUAUUUGCAAAAUCAGCACUCUGUGAAACAUGAUCACCAUAAACAUCAAUCCAAGCAGGAACAUAUGCAUACAUAUGGACAACAACAGGAUGAUCAAUAUCAUCAUCAAGAAUCAUCUUUUCCUACUAAUAAACAUAAUGAGAAGCACAAUGAUCAAUAUCAUCAAGAAUCAUCUUUUCCUACUAAUGAACAUAAUAAGAUAACGUUAAAAGCUAUGGGUUCUACAUUGCUCAUUUCUAUAGCUCCUUUUUUUAUAUUACUUUUUGUACCAUUAGAUAAUACUAAGGAACGCGAACCAUUAUUAAAAAUACUUUUGAGCUUUGCAUCAGGCGGUCUGCUCGGAGAUGCUUUCCUUCAUCUUAUUCCUCAUGCAUUAGUUCCUCAUUCACAUGAAUCUUCGCAUUCUCAUUCUCAUGACCAUUCUCAUGAUCACAAACAUGAGGAAUCUGAUCACAAACAUGAUAUGUCUGUCGGUUUAUGCGUUUUAUUAGGAAUUAUUGUAUUUUUAAUUGUUGAAAAAGCUGUACGUAUGAUAAAAGGUAAUCAUGGACAUUCUCAUACUCUUAAUGUCACUGAAAAAGAAUCUGAUAUGAAAAAAGCUGUUUCUACGACAAAGAAGACUAAAGACAAGUCACUUGUUAAUAAUAAAUCUACAUCCGUUGAAAAGGAUUCAGAACCCAUGAAUGAUAUAAAAAUUGCAGGCUACCUCAAUUUAGUUGCAGAUUUUUUACAUAAUUUUACUGACGGCCUAGCUAUAGGAGCCAGCUAUUUAGCAGGAAACACUAUUGGCUAUGUAACAACAUUUACUAUUUUAUUACAUGAAGUACCUCAUGAAAUAGGUGACUUUGCCAUUUUGGUACAAAGUGGUUGUAGUAAGAAAAAGGCUAUGUUACUGCAGUUAACUACUGCGAUAGGUGCUUUGUUAGGGACUUAUGUGUCCUUAUUAGUAGAAGGAAUGGGAGAUCUUGCAACAAUGUGGAUUCUUCCAUUCACAGCUGGAGGAUUUAUCUAUAUUGCUACUGUCUCUGUGAUACCAGAAUUAUUAAUUGAUACUAAAUUUUGGCAAUCCGUUAAAGAAAUUAUUGCACUUCUAUUUGGAGUAUAUAUGAUGGUACUUAUAACAGAAUAUGAAUAGAGAUAUAUUUUACAUAAUGUGGCCUUUUUAAUAAUACAUUUCUUUAUUAUUAUUGUUAUUAUAUAUUUUGUAAUAAUCCAUAAAUUAACAAAAACGUGACAUAAAAUUGUGUUAUCAUGAAA